AUCGAACAUAGCUUUGCUUAGGCGAAUCCAAAACGAAGUGAUUCUUUUCAUCUCUCUUCUGUUCCCCACCCCACAAUUUCUCUGCUCCUUCUUUCUUCCUCUUUCUUCACCCACCCAAUAACUUCAUUGGGAACUGAAACCAUCAAUCAAAACCCUCACUUUUUUUUUUCUUCUUCUUCUUCUCUUUCACUUGAAAAGUGUUGUGUUGGGUUGAGAAUUGUGGCAGGGCCUAAUGGGUAACUGCCUAGAUUCUUCUGCCAAAGUUGAUGCUGCUCAGAGCUCCAGAUCCACUUCUGGAAUCUCAAAAACUACUCCUUCCAGCUUAUCUAUUCCAUCAUCAUACAGUGAAAAAAGCAAUGCCUCAAGUCUUCCCACACCAAGGUCUGAGGGUGAAAUCUUGUCUUCUCCCAAUCUCAAGGCCUUCACAUUCAAUGAGCUGAAGAAUGCCACCAGAAAUUUUCGCCCUGAUAGUCUUCUUGGUGAGGGGGGAUUUGGAUAUGUCUACAAGGGAUGGAUUGAUGAACACACAUUCACAGCUUCAAAACCUGGAUCAGGAAUGGUUGUUGCUGUAAAGAGGCUUAAGCCUGAAGGUUUUCAAGGUCAUAAGGAGUGGUUGACUGAGGUUAACUACCUUGGACAACUGCACCAUCCUAAUCUGGUUAAAUUAAUUGGAUACUGCUUGGAGGGAGAGAACCGGCUUUUGGUCUACGAGUUUAUGCCCAAAGGAAGCUUAGAGAACCAUCUGUUUAGAAGAGGACCACAACCACUCUCUUGGCCAGUAAGGAUGAAAGUGGCCAUUGGUGCUGCCAGAGGACUCUCCUUUCUUCAUAAUGCCAAAUCACAAGUCAUAUACCGUGAUUUCAAAGCUUCUAACAUCCUACUAGAUGCUGAGUUUAAUGCUAAACUCUCGGACUUUGGUUUAGCUAAGGCGGGUCCUACUGGUGAUAGAACUCAUGUGUCUACUCAAGUCAUGGGAACUCAAGGAUAUGCAGCACCUGAAUAUGUAGCCACUGGUCGCUUGACAGCCAAGAGUGAUGUCUACAGCUUUGGAGUUGUGUUGCUUGAACUUUUAUCCGGAAGGCGUGCCGUUGAUAAAACAAUAGCCGGUAUGGAGCAGAAUCUGGUGGAUUGGGCAAAACCUUAUCUAAGCGAUAAACGAAGACUCUUCCGGAUCAUGGACUCCAAGUUGGAGGGCCAGUACCCUCAGAAGGGUGCCUUCAUGGCUGCCACACUUGCCCUACAAUGUCUCAACAGUGAGGCCAAGGCAAGGCCUCCAAUGACAGAGGUUUUAGCAACUCUGCAACAGAUAGAAGCCCCCAAAACUGCAGGCAGACACUCCCAUUCAGAACACCACAGGGUCCAAACUCCUGUGAGAAAGUCUCCGGCACGGCCUCGGUCACCGUUGAAUGUAACUCCUACUGCUUCCCCUCUGCCGGCUCACCGGCAAUCGCCCCGUGUCCACUGAGCUGUGAACAUACAACGUGUGUAUGUAAAUUCCUUAUUUUCAUCUGGUUGUGUUUUUGAUAGCAUGCGGUGAGGCGUGUGUACUUAGAUGCAAUUUUGGCAUGCUUUGUAGAAUAGUUAACACCAUUUAUCCAAAUGUUAUGCAAGUUAUUGCAGCAGUAUUCAUCAUGUGUUAUUUACUUUUGAUGGAAUGUCAUGUUGAUACUCACAGGUCACAACCAGACACAUUGCUUCCGUACUAAAUUUACCAACCGGUGGUUGAUUCGAU